UUGAAGCGGCAGACAGUCGUCGUCAGCCUCUCGUUUAUUAAAUUUGGUGGUUGUAGUGUUUAAAUCUAUUUUAUGUUGUGACUCUUGUAAAUAUCUCUAAUCAAAUGGACAUUAUUUAUGAUGAAUUAAGUGAAAAUAAAUACUGAAUAGUUUUAUAAAUAUUCACUAUUGUUUUAAAGUGGUUAGCUUGUGAUCUUCAACUGUUUUCUUUCACUUUUUUUCAUUCCUCAUUCUCUUUCUCUUCGGUCUCAGUUGCUUAGUCAGUCGUGGAGUGGAGAAUUACAAUCGUGCUUCGCAAAUUAAUAAGGUUACAGGAGUCCAGGAAGAAGUAGUUUCAAUAAAAUGAUGAUGAUUUUUAUGCAUCUUUAAAUACUAUCCAAAAAUGCACACCGAUUGGCAAGUGGGAGAACUGGUGUGGUUCGACCCGGGAGUCGGCCAUGUGCUACCAGGAGAAGUAUUGGAAUACCAUCGAGCAGCCAACGUUCUUUCGGUCCAAGCUGUUAUCGCUGGCAAGCCACAAACGUUCACACUCACAAACCUAAGUGGAGUUCGUCCCAGACAGGAUCUUGGACAAAAUGGAGUGGAAGACAUGAUUCAAUUAAAUGAUUUAAAUGAGGCGUCCUUACUUUGGAAUCUAAAGAUACGCUAUGACAAAGAACUUAUCUACACCUACACGGGUAGCAUCCUGGUUGCAGUGAAUCCCUAUAAAAUGUUUGACAUUUAUGGUUUAGACCAAGUUAAAUUAUAUGAGGGAAGAAUUCUUGGAACAUUACCACCACACUUGUUCGCUGUGGGUUCAUCAGCUUACAGCCAAGUUUCUGCAGCCAAUAAUUCUAGCGCCAAUCAAGUCGUUGUGAUUUCCGGCGAAUCUGGAUCAGGAAAGACGGAAUCAACGAAGCUAGUGAUGCAAUAUUUAGCUGCAGUAAACCGUGCUCCCAGUAAUCUUGUUACUGAACAAAUUUUGGAAGCUGCUCCACUUCUAGAAAGCUUUGGAAAUGCCAAAACUCCACGGAAUGACAACAGUAGUCGAUUUGGAAAAUAUUUGGAAGUACAUUUCCGAGAUGGAGUAAUUGUUGGUGGCCGAGUAACGCAAUAUUUGCUGGAAAAAAGCAGAAUAGUGACUCAAGCACAGGAUGAAAGAAAUUACCACGUCUUUUAUGAACUUCUAGCAGGCCUAGAUCAACAGUUAAGAGAUAAAUAUGGGCUUUUAACUCCGGAUAAAUAUUUUUAUCUCAAUCAAGGUGGAAGCUGUGAAAUUGAUGGUAGAAAUGAUACUCAAGGAUUUAAAGCUCUUUUAUCGGCAAUGCAAGUUCUUGGAUUUACAUCUGAAGAACAGGACACUAUUUUUAGGAUUUUAGCGAGUGUUUUACACCUCGGUAAUGUAUACUUUCAUAGAAAACCAAUGAGACAUGGUCAGGAAGGGGUUGAAGUUGGUUCAGAUGCUGAGAUACGUUGGGCUGCGCAUCUUCUCCAAAUAAAUGCUGAUGGAAUUAUUCGUGCACUCACCACAAAAACUACAGAAGCAAGAAAUGAAAGAGUUUUUACAGCUUUAAAUAUCGAUCAAGCAUUAGAUGCUAGAGAUGCAUUUGCUAAGGCACUUUAUAGUUCCCUCUUUUCUUGGUUGGUAGCACGAGUGAAUCAUAUCGUCUAUAAAGGAACCAAACAAACAUCUGCGAUAUCAAUACUUGAUAUAUUUGGCUUUGAGAAUUUUACUGAAAAUAGCUUUGAACAGCUGUGCAUUAAUUAUGCUAAUGAGAACCUUCAUUUUUAUUUCAAUAAGCAUAUUUUUAAGUUGGAGCAACAAGAAUACGCUAAAGAAAAAAUCGAUUGGACUACGAUCAAUUAUACUGAUAAUUUGCCAGUAAUCCAUUUAAUUGCAAAGAAGCCAGUGGGAAUUCUUCAUCUAUUAGAUGAUGAAAGUAAUUUUCCAAAAGCGACUGAUCUUUCAUUCCUCGAAAAAUGCCAUUACAACCAUGCGUUGAGUGAACUUUACUCUCGACCGCGAAUGAAUUCCGCAGAGUUCGCAAUCAAACAUUACGCAGGACAAGUGUGGUAUAAUGUCGAAGGCUUUCUAGACAAGAACAGAGAUACUUUACGACCCGAUGUCGUUGAGUUGCUUAUCAGCAGCAAGAUUCAAAUGGUCAGCAAGAUGUUUCAGCAUGUCAGAUCAGCACAUGAAGCAAACAAAACUGUGAAUAAACCCAACGGACGAUUUGUUACAAUGAAACCGCGGACUCCAACUGUUUCUGCAAGGUUCCAUGAUAGUCUCCAGCAAUUGCUUGAAUCCAUGUCGCAGUGUAAUCCUUGGUUUGUGCGUUGUAUUAAGCCAAAUAAUGACAAAUCAUCAAUGAAGUUUGACAUGCCUUGUGUCUUGGAGCAACUUCGAUAUACUGGAAUGCUGGAGACCAUACGCAUUAGAAAGACUGGUUAUCCAGUUCGACUCCUCUUCAGUCACUUUGUAGAUCGGUAUCGAUACUUGAUACCUACACGUUUACCUCGCGGUGCACCGAAUAAGGAACUCUGUCGCAUAAUCUUAGACAAAGCUGCCCCUGCCGAUGCUCAUGAUCAAUAUCAAUUAGGUUUGACGAGAGUUUUCUUGAGAGAAUCCCUGGAACGAAACCUAGAAUACAACAGGGCGUUGAUUCUUGAACGAGCAGCAAUUACUGUGCAACGGUAUACGAGAGGUUUUCUUACAAGAAGGAGGUUUUUAAAUAUUUCUCGAGCUACUGUUCUUCUGCAAGCAGUUUAUCGAGGAUAUCGAGAGAGGAAAAAAUUCCAUGCUUUGAAAAAAGGUGUAAUAAUGGCGCAGAAAUUGUAUCGUGGUAAAAAGCAAAGAGAGAACUUUAAAGAACUCAAAGAAGAGAUGGCUAAAAGAGCUGAGAUUGAAAGAGCCAGUAGAGAAAGAGCUAAAGCUAAGCAGCAAAGAGAAGAACAGGAAAGAACUUCACGAGCUGUUGCUGGUGUCAAUCAUCUAGAAAUUCCUGCAGAAUUGGCUUUUAUUUAUAGUAAACUUGAUGAUUGGCAACCUGUACAUUCAGAAAGAAAUCUUCUUAAAGUUGUUGGUCAGGUUAUUCCGCUGCCAAUCACAUAUUCUCUACCUGCGGACAUUGACCAGCAUCAAUUUUCAAAGUUUACAAACAUUUACUUUAAAAGCCAUAUUUUCGGAAUGAAAAGAGAGCCUAUAAAAACUCCAUUCCUGGCAAAAGCUCGAGAUCAGGAUUAUACGGACUCUUUGAUGAUAUUUAAAAUGAUUUUGCGAUUCAUGAACGAAAAUAAUUUAAGUGGAAAAAGAGAACAGGCUUUAGGAGAUUAUAUUGUAAAUAAAGGAAUCGUUAAUGAAAAGCUGAGGGAUGAAAUUUUAUGCCAACUUGCUAAUCAAACUUGGAAAAAUGAAAACGAUGCAAAUAAUGAAAGAGGCUGGUUACUUUUAGCCAACUGUUUAUCAGCCUUCCAGCCUAGUCCAGUGCUUUUCAAAUAUUUUUUAAAAUAUGUUUCUGAUUACGCUUAUGAUGGUUACAAAUCAUAUUGUCAACGAAAACUGCUUCAAGGCGAAAGAACCGUGCUAAGAAUUAUGAACAACAAUCAAUUAACAGCCCAUCAUGUGCCAAGAAACUAUCCUCCAUGUGUUCUUGAGUGGAGAGCAAAUAGAAAUCGUGUUAAUAUGGCUCUAACUGUUGGAUUUUAUGAUGGUGAAACAACAACUUGUGCAAUCGAUUCCUGGACAACUUGUGAAGAAUUAGCUAAUUUAGCUGUUCAGAAUCAUGGCGUUGAUAAUUUCGGCUGGACAAUUACUCUCUGGAAUCAAUUAGGUGGACCAGAUGCUAUAGUAACUGAAACAAAUGGUUUUGAUUACGUUCUUGAUUUAAUAUCUGAGAUGGAGCUCGCACCGGCGUUUCCUGCAGCCAAGCACAUGUUCCUGGAACAGCGAAAGAACAGCUUCCCGCCAAUUAAGAAGAGAGAGCACACUCAAGUCAUUCGAGAACUGGAGCAAGACAUGGAUAUACCAGUGCCUGUAUUGAAGACCUUCCAACCAUUGGAGAGAAAACCUGUGUCGAAGGUGGUAGAUAAACCUGUUGAGCCGGAAAUACAGUCACCAAGGAGACCAGCAGUACCUCCACCUCAGCCACCCGUUGUAAAAUCACCUACAAGAAAGCAGUCACAUGAACCAGUUUUAGAGUCUUCUGGAGAAAUAGGUCUAUCGCGACAAUCGGCCUUGAACGAUCGUUACUUCGAGAAAGAGAAACAGCGGAGUAGAAGUCUAGACAAUCUCCUACAAUCUGAAAUUGUUACUUCCCCAAGUAAACUGACGACAUUAGGCCUUUCUUCAUCAAAACUGAACGAACGAUACCACAGUCUAGAAAGGAUCGGCGAAGUAUCUGCCGUCACAAAUGCGGAGUACAUGAGUAGAUCUGAAGUGUCUCAAGAAAGAAAAUACAGCAGGAUCGGCAGAAGUACGGAACCAAACAUCGUUGAAGAAGAAGAUUUGACUAUAGACUUUGAAUAUCCGGAUAUACAAUCUGUAAGCCAAACUGGAAGGUCUGAGGAUGAUAAAAGCAGUUACAUGAGAUCUCAAACGCGAUUUAUCAAGUCUCAGUAUCCAGGUAAACGAGCACUGCCUGGUAGUCAGUCUAGUCGAGCUUAUAUUGAAAAAAGUGAAUAUGGAGUCAAGUCUUCGGCAAUGUCUGAUACCAGUGAAGCUCCUUCUCUUGCUUCUCAUGUCAGAAGAGUACGAGUUCCAAGUCAAGCUUCAGAUGUAGAUCAAUUUUUGGACGAACUUUUUAUGCCAGUGCUUGAUGGAAAUCUUGACGAGCUUUCUGAUGCUAGAAGUCUUGCUGCCAGUAUAAAAGGAACAUUGACAGAUGAUUCCAAAGCUUCUGCGAAAACUCUAGAUGAUUUUUUGGAUGGAAUUACGGAUGAUUUAGUGUUGAAAGAACUCUCUGGUGCUGAUUUAAUAUCUAAAAUUAAGGGAGGAGGCAACAUGGAUAUUCCAAAUCAGAAUACAGCUUUCAAUUUUAGUCCUUUGUCACCUGGAAUGAUGUCGCCACCAAUGAUGAUGCCAAUGUUCUCUCCUUCUCAACAAAUGCCUACUGGACAGAGUCAAAAUCUCAAUAUGAAUUCUGGCUUCCUUCCGAUUCCAAUUUAUAAUAUGCAGGGACUUAAUUUACCACAAUUUCCGAAUUCACCACCAAAUCAAAAUGCAGAUAUGGUUGCUUAUCAGCAAAAUCUACAAAGAGCUUUUCUUCAGAGUGCCAUGGCACAGAAUCUGCAAAUUCAACAGCAACUUUUGGCUCAAAAUCAAGCAUUCCAACAACUGUUAGUGCAAAAUGGCGUACAGCAACCGUUGUCAUUUGUUGAGACUGAGCAAACACGUGCCAUGACUUCGAGUUCUCCCAAUGGCCAACGACUUGAAACGGUGACUGUUAAAGCUCAAGUACAUCGAUCACAAAGUCCACCUAAGAAAGGUCUAGACCUCGGUAGGAAAACGAGUGUUGAAUAUUCAGCAAGGAAGGUGAGCGUUGAGAGAAAGGUCUCUGCAACACCAGAGUUAAAGAGAACGAGUUCAGGACGAGGAAACGUACAAAGUAAUUUUACGAAUGUAUUGAGUGAGUUGAAAAACAGGAAAAGUAGCACAGAAUGUAGUCCAGGCAUUAGCAAAGGUGUUCCACCGCCACCACCUAUGCCUCCACCAUUACAUGCACAUGAUCCUUCGGAGUCUAGGCCAUUUUUGGACCCCUACGGACGUGCUAAAACCGUUCGGAUUGGUAAAUGGCGCUGGCCACCGCCCAGUGACUCUAAUGAGACCCAAAACCAAGACACUUUCAGUGACUUUAAAAUGAGACAACAUCAGCAGCAACGUAAGAUUACUCCUCACUAUCAAGAGUAUAACAACACGAAUGGAAAUGUGAACGGUGAAGGUUCUGUUGAUUGGGAAGAGUUUGAAAUUGAAAAUGUAGUGACUGAAGCUAAAAUUGAAAACCAUACGACAAUUCAAACAAAUAUUAUAACAAAAAAGCAUGAACAUGAAAAUGGAUACAAAGAAGAGGGAGAAAAGAAGAAAAAGAAGUCUAAGGCUGGAUAUGAAGUUGGAGCUCAACGACCAUCUCCUGGCAGCAUAGGUAAAUUAAAACUCAGCUCAGAGAUGCGGCAACGAUUGGAGAAAGUUACAGCAAACCACAGCGUUCGUUCAUCAAAGCCGAGUGAAAAACCUGCGUUACCUCGAGAAGAUGUAAAGGUCAAUCGACUUGAGGACAAUCGAAAACUUCUUCUACAACAGCAGUUAGGCGGAAGAUGGGAUGAUUAUGCAUCAACGGCAGAUGAUGCCCAGAGUGUGACUUCAAAAGGUACUACGGAGAUGUUGACACAAGUUCAUGUUGUGAGAACUCAAAUUGAAAGAAUGGAGAGUCGACCUGUUCCUCCUCCACCACCAAUUACACCUCCCCAACCUCCGAGUCCUCGAACUGCUAGUGUUUACAGCAAUAGUCAAUCGGGCGUACCACAGCCACGUUCUCCACCAGCUCCAGUGGAACCAAAAACUCGUGAUAAUUUCCGUACAUCACCUGACUCUGAUACCCAUGAUCACUUCUCUAAAAAUCAAAAUAUGUUUAGUCAAAGUCGUGAUAUAUUUGCAUCUCAGCAACACCUGAGAGAUGAUCACAGAGAAAAAUCUAAAGAUUAUUAUGGUAAAGAUAGCAUAGACAUGGCUAGCACAACUAGGGGCGAUAGAAGCUCUGAUUUUGAUUCUCGACGAGAUCUUAACUCUGAUAUAUUCGACCCUAAGUAUUCUCGAGAUAUAUUUGAGAACUCUAAAAGAGAUUCAUUUGGUAUGAUGAGAGAUUUAUCGCCUAAAUCUCGAGACAGUUUUGGUCUACCUUCGACACGAGAGUUUGGAGUUGUUCCUAAUACGAGAGAAUCUUUUGUGGUGGCAAGACAAAGCUACAAGAAGUUAGAUCACGAUAUAGAUAGAAGAUCAAGUAUAGCUUCGACUCAUCAGACAGAUAAAAUGGAGAGAAUUGAAAUAGAAGAAUGGCCAGAAUUUCUUAAACCAGUUUUGCCGCCUCCGGAGAAGCCAGAGAUCGAGAAGGCCCAAGAAAUCGUCGAUACCAAGCUUCAUCCACCAACCUCCAACACACACUUUACUUACAAUAGAGUUUCUUGGACACUGAGAGUAAAAAAAGAAGUAUUUGCACCCAAUGAAACUCUUUCAAGUCCUCUAGCUUUGCAUUUAGUUUUCUGCCAAGUUGCGUAUGAUGUUCUUGCAACCUCGAGCAUCAGGAUCACCAAGGAAGAACGACAGAAUAUGCUUAAAUUGCUUGAUAACUAUGGAAUUACUUUAGAUAAUCUCCAAAGUACUCAACAUAAAAUUACUAUGAAGAAAAACGUUGUGGAUAUGGCUAAACAAUGGCCUUUGUAUUUCGCUAGAAUAUUCCCUGUUUCUGUUGGACCCCAACAUCCUGACGCUCAACACGUAGCAGUAUCCCAUCACGGGUUGAGGCUAAUUAAAAGAACGUCAUCAGGCGAAUUAGUAAUUUUAGAGACUCUUCCAUUAGAGGACAUUGUCUCAGUAAAUUCCACACGAGCAGGUGUUUGCACUUUGACGAUUGCUUCAGGUGUUCGGCUUCCUCUUCAUACAACACGUGCUCCUCAGCUUGCAGAAAUGAUCAGCAAUUACAUUCGUGUGAUUGAUCAAAAACCGCAAAAUAAAUUAAUCCAUCAUGAGAAUCACGUCUCGCAAAUCUCAAAGUCGAUUCAAUCACAAACAAAUCAUACCAAUUCUCAUAUAAAUCAUAAUCAAAUCCACAAUCAAUCAAACCACAUCAGUCGUGAGACUAAUCACUCACCAAUAAAUCGAAUAACUGGUCAUACAUCUCCAGUUAUUCAAUUAAAUGGAACGGCUAAUCAUCAAAAGAAUCAGAGAAAUAUACAACAUCACAGUCAUACUCAAGAGUGGAGGCAACAAGAGGAAACUAGUAAAUCUCCGGAAGAAGGAUUUUAUGAAUCUGGACCUGUUAUGCAUGAUGGAAAGCACUCAUUGCUUCAAUAUGCCAUGCUAAAUUUCAGACAAAGUACAGAAAAAUUCGAGAUGAUGAAGACAGCCGAUGGUUCGAUAAGCGGUUCAUUGAAGGUCAUUGAGUCCUUGAAAAGUAAGAAGAAGGGUAAGAAGAAAGGACAACAGGACGGCACCGAUUGGACUUGGAAAGAACAGGUUGAUCUUGUUAAAUUUUCACCAGUUCCAAUUGAACAAAGUCUUCUAAGACUGGAUGCCGAGCUAAGUUCUCUUGCUGUCGAGUGCUUUUUGUGCCUCAUGAGGUACAUGGGUGAUCAACCAUUACCUCCAGACAUGAGCGAAGUCAAGUGCGUUUAUACGGUACUCAUGCAUUGUCAUAAAUUCGAGCCUCUCCGAGAUGAAGUCUACUGUCAGCUGAUGAAGCAAACAACGAAUAACAAAAGUUCGAACCCUGACAGCUGUCAAAGAGGAUGGAGACUCUUCAGCAUCGUUGCUGCAUACUUCACUUGCAGUGAAGGACUCAGGCCAUACUUGAUUAAAUACCUGGAAACUGCGGCUUAUGAUAAAAGACGAGCAUAUCACGGUACGGCUACAGUUUGUCUCCAGAACCUGAGGAAAACAGUCAAGUAUGGUGGAAGAAAGAAUGUGCCUAGUGUAGAAGAAAUAAUGGCCAUCAGUGCUGGAAGAAAUGCCAAGAGACAGAUCUAUAGACUACCUGGUGGUACAGAAAGAGUUAUCAACACUAAAUGUACUACAGUAGUUCAAGAUGUUAUCGAAGAAAUGUGCAGUAUCAUAUCGGUGAGAAAUCCACAUGAAAUGGACGAGUUCUCCUUGUACUGUAUUGUCGAUGGAGAUGCUUUUACAAUGCCUUUAGCUAGAGAUGAAUACGUCCUUGAUGUUACUACAGAAUUACAAAAAAAUCAUCAAGUCUUUUACUUAAUAUUCUGCAGGUCUGUAUGGUACUAUCCAUUGAGACUAGACGCUCCGUUGUAUAUAGAAGUUGUUUUCAAUCAAAUUGCGCCAGACUAUUUAGAGGGACUUUUACUUGUAAUACCUGGAGAACACUUGCCCCAAGAAGUCAUUUAUGACAUGGCACAAAUUGCUGCACUUUUACAUAGAGCAGCUGAUAUGACACAUGAUCCUUCGACGAAGGAAAUUAAAUAUCUCCUGCCAAAGCCUGCACUCAGUCUACGAGAUCCUAAGCCUCAGCAAUGGGCAAAUAUGGUUCAACAGGCAUGGAAUAAUAUCCAACAUAAUAGUUCAGCAGUUUGCAAGGCUCAAGUGCUGGAAAUACUUUCAAAGUGGCCACUAUUCGGAUCGAGUUUCUUCGCUGUUAAACGAGUGCCUGAGAAUGCAAAAGAGAAAGGAGUUGAUCAUAUUUUGGCACUCAAUAGACAUGGAGUCCACUUCAUUGAUUUGAUGUCACAUGAGACAAUUUAUCAUUAUCCUUACUCAGAAGUAAUCUCCACUCGAAAAGUAAAAUCCGAGGAAGGAGCUCUUUAUUUGGACAUGAAAUGCGGUAACUUGAUGCAGCAGAGAAUUACUCGAUUACAAACAGAGCAAGCACAUGAAAUCUCACGGUUAAUCAGACAAUAUAUCACCAUGGAACAGCGAACGACAAAUAAUCAAACUUCGGGAAUGUCCUAUGGUUUAAGAUAAGAUAUUCCAAAGAAUUUCUAUUUUUUUACUGGAAUGAUUUAAAAUUUUUGAAGAUUUUAUCUAUUUUAACAUGAUAAAUCUUAUAAAUUGAUCAAUAAUUAACAUUAUGCCUUGCAAUUAGAAAUUGUUGAUACAGAUGAAUACAAACACAAGAUGCACGAUGAAUUGUAAUAAUGUAUGAAUUGGAAUGAAAAAUGAAUGCUCAAGUCAACGAAUUAACGGAUUUGUAAAUAUGAAAUAAAUAUUAAUUUUUAGAAUGAAUAAGAAAA